UGCCAUUAUUAAAAUUAUGUUGUCAGUUGUCAUGUCUCAUGUGUCGUAACAUCCACGGUGAAGUUCAGCACGUGUUCGUGUUUGUGUACUUAGAGGUUGGUUACGUAUUGAAGUAUAAUUUGCGGAGUUCAGAAUAAUGGGGAAGAAAAGAAAGUCGAAUACUAACAACACAGACGAAUACGAGUUCGAUCCACCGCCGAAACACAUCGCGAUCGCCCACGUGAAAAACCAAGAGAAGCGGCUGAUCGUCAUUUUGGAGCGGGCGCAGCUCGAGUCGGUCAAAGUGGGGAACACGUUCGAGCUGUUGAACUGCGACGACCACGCCUCGGUGCUGAAGAAGCACAACCGCGAGCCGGGCUCCUGCCGGCCGGACAUAACUCACCAGUGCCUGCUGAUGCUGCUCGACAGCCCGCUGAACAGGGCGGGGCUGCUGCAGGUGUACGUGCACACGGAGAACAACGUGCUGAUCGAGGUGAACCCCCAGACGCGCAUACCGCGCACGUUCAAGCGGUUCGCCGGGCUGAUGGUCCAGCUGCUGCACAGGUUCAGCGUGCGUGCCUCGGACGGACCCAUGAAGCUGCUGAAGGUGAUCAAGAACCCGGUGUCGGACCACCUGCCCGUGGGCUGCCGCAAGUUCGGCACCUCGUUCUCGGCGAAGAGGGUGGUGAACCCCCGGGAGCUGGUGCCUGUCGACGAGCCGGUGGCCGUGGUGGUGGGCGCCAUGGCGCACGGGCAGGUCUCGGUGGACUACACGGAGGAAGUGGUGUCGCUGAGCAACUACCCCCUGUCGGGGGCUCUGGCGUGCACCAAGCUGUGCUCGGCCUUCGAGGACGUUUGGGGCAUCGUCUGACGUUUCAUGCAAAUACAAAAUUUGUUUAACAUAUUCCGGUGUUUAUUGUCAAUCCUCACUUAAGAAACGACACCGCCCAAGUGGCUUUUUUUAAAAUUAGUUGUUUAUUUCUCCAUGAAAACAUAAGCAUUUCUAAUACCGGCUAUCAUUCAGUUCUCUCGCAUGGGGCAUAAUCCUAUUAAGCUCUCCUGAAAAAAAAUUUUUUUGUCUCAUAAUUGGUGUUUCUUAAGAGACAACAUGUAGAUAUGUAUAGCAGAAAGGUGAUACAACCAAUUGCUCCUAUCCAAGUAUGGGAAUCAGUAUUGGUUCCAUUGUGUGCUUGGACAGACUGUUGAGGGUGUAAUAACUGUCAGUUAUUGUUUUUUUAUCUUGUAUCCAAUUUUUUACCUUGAUCCUGAUGGCAUGAUCAUGUAUAGAUUACUUACAGUGAAACCGAUAUUACUAUCCGGAUAAUUACAUUUUAAUUUUUAAAAAUUAAA